AUGUACGAAGGCAGCAAGGCAAAUGUAAAGUGCAUGGUAGGAACUACGGAAAGUUUCCAGGUUAAAGUUGGACUCCAUCAGGGAUCUGCACUAAGUCCAUUCCUCUUCGCCAUCGUCAUAGACGGUCUCACCGAAGCAGUUCAGAAGAUUGCCCCAUGGGACCUGAUGUUCGCAGAUGACGUUGCACUGAACGGGGAGAUAAAUGAGGAUGUGGAAGAGAGGCUGGAGCAGUGGAGAAGAGCAUUGGAAGAUAGAGGGAUGAAGGUGAGCAGGCAUAAAACAGAGUACCUUUGUAUGGGGGAUCAAGAUCCAGAGAGAGCAGUAGAAAUGCAGGGUUUGAAGCUGAACAGAGUCCAAGAGUUUAAGUACGUUGGUUCCACAGUGCAAAGCGACGGGGCAUCAGACAAGGAGGUUGGUAAGAGGAAUCAGGCGGGAUGGAAUGCUUGGAGAAAGAUCACUGGGCUGCUAUGCGACAGACGGGUCCCAGCAAAGCUGAAGGGCCGGAUAUUUAAGACAAUGGUACGACCGGCGAUGCUGUAUGGGAUGGAGGCAGUCGCGGUAACGAAGGGACAAGAGAGGAAGAUGGAAGUAGCUGAGAUGAGGAUGCUACGAUUCUCACUGGGGAAGACCAGGCUAGACCGGGUACGAAACAGCACCAUCAGAGAGACAAUGGGGGUAGGCGAAAUAGAGAAGAAGCUGAGGGAGUGCAGGCAAACCAAGGGAAAUUUGUGGUAUGGAUUGAAGCUGCAGAAGUCUGAUGCCGAGUAUGGUGUUGACCUGGGUGACACGACUUGUGAAUUGAAGGGAGGUCUAGCUCUUUCCUCAUGA